UCGACUCAUCGCUCAAAAUGGAGAAUCGUGUUGUCUUCUGCUUUUCAUUCAUAACUCUGUUUAUUUGUGUGAAAUGUUCAUUGCCUCCUCCAUGCGACAGUGAAAUCUACUGCUCAGGCCCCAUCCUGCAUCACAUGCAGGAAGCAAAGCUGUUCAACGAUGACAAACACUUUGUAGACAUGAAGCUGAAGUCGCCUCCUGGUGAAGUUUUGGCGGCUUUUCAAACGCUGUUAAACGAGUGGCCAAACUCCAGCAUCCCAGCCAAGGAGCUCCAGGAGUUCCUGGAGGCAAACUUUGACAAACCGGGGACGGAGUUUGAGACGUGGACGCCGACCGACUGGCAGGAAAAGCCGCGGUUCCUGAGUGGAAUCGCAGACGAGAAGCUGCGGCUGUGGGCGGAGCAGAUUCACGGCCUGUGGAAAUCUCUGGGCAGAAAGAUGCAAACCAGUGUCAAAGAUCACCCGGAGCUCUAUUCUCAGAUUUUCACCCCAAAUCCGGUCGUGGUUCCGGGCGGCCGCUUCAGGGAGUUCUACUACUGGGACUCCUAUUGGGUCAUCAACGGGCUCAUUUUGUCGGAGAUGACGGAAACGGCGUACGGAAUGAUUCAGAACUUCCUCUUCUUGGUCGAAAGAUACGGGUUCGUUCCCAACGGCGGGCGGGUUUACUACGAGCGGCGCAGCCAGCCUCCCUUCCUGCCGCUGAUGGUGGAGAGCUACUACGGAGCAACCGGCAACCAGCAAUUCCUCCGCGGAGCUCUACCGGCUCUGGAGACGGAGUACCGGUUCUGGAUGCAGAACCGUUCAGUAACUGUGACGGUAGCCGGGUCAGAACACGUUCUGAACCGGUUCAACGUGGAGGCGGACCUGCCCAGGCCUGAAUCGUACACAGAUGAUCUGGAAUUAGCCGAAGGACUCUCCGAUGAGGCCAGACAGCUGCUGUUCAUGGAUCUGAAGGCCGGCAGCGAGUCCGGCUGGGACUUCACGUCCCGCUGGUUCAUAAACGCCAGCGGCCAGAACGACGGGACGCUCAGAGACACGCGGACCAGCCAGAUCCUCCCCGCCGACCUGAACGCCCUGCUCUGCCGCAACGAGAGACUCCUGGCCUCUUUCCACCGGCUGCUGGGUAACAACGAGUCGGCUGCUCUGUACGAGCGAGCGGCGGCGCGCAGGACGCAGGCGAUGGAGGCGCUGCUGUGGGACGCAGAGAGGGGCGCGUGGUUCGACUACAACCUGCUGACGAACUCCAAACAUUUUGACUUCUACCCGUCCAACCUGGCGCCGGUCUGGGCCCAGUGCUACUCCCAGCCGGACAUGGGGGAGAAGGCGCUGCAGUACCUGAAGGCGAGCGGCGCUCUGGACUUCCCCAACGGCGUGCCGACGUCACUGAGGGACUCUGGGCAGCAGUGGGACUAUCCCAACGCCUGGCCGCCUCUGCAGCACAUGCUCAUCGAAGGUUUGUCCAAACUGUCUUCAGAGGAGGGAAAGAAGCUGGCGUUUGAUCUGGCGCAGCGCUGGAUCAACACGAACUGGCGGGCCUAUGAGAUAUACAAAGCCAUGUUUGAAAAGUACGACGUGAACGGAGACGGAAAACCAGGCGGAGGUGGAGAAUACGACGUCCAGCUGGGCUUUGGUUGGACCAACGGCGUGGCCCUGCAGCUCCUGGAUCAGUAUGGGGCGACUCUCACCUCGGGAGGCGGCCGUGUGCGCGCUGACCUCCUGCUGCCUCUGGUCGCCUCCGUCGCUCUCAUGCUCCGGUGAAUCGGAGGUGUCAGAAGAACCCGGCUGAGGCUUGGAUUUUAUUUUAGCAUUCAUGUUUCGACUCACACUUCCUCCUCCACGCCUCGUCCACAGACUACAGAGACUAACGAGGAUGUUUUUUACCGCAGAGGUAGCUGCAGCAACCUAAUAUAAUUACUGUUAAUUGGUUUCAUUCCUCUGAGGU